AUGAAAGAUAAACUCAAAAAAUUAAUAUCUAACUUUGAGUUUUUAAUUAAAAAAUUAACUGAUUUUUUUAUUGUAUUGAUCGAAAAAAUUGCUUUUUGUUUUUGGAAUGGAGAAUCUUUCAUUUUAAACUUUUUAUAAACAAUAUUUCUUUAAAUUUAGGAGUCUGUAAAGUUUUGUGUUAAUUUAGUAAUAUAUUAUAUAAAGUACUUCAAAAAUAUAUUAAUUUAUCAUUCAUUUGCAAUAAUUGAUUAUUGUCUUGAAAAAUAUGAAUAAUUAAAACAAAAUUUUAUUUAUCCUUUUUUACUGAAGAUUAACGAGAUUUACAAUAAGAUUAAGGAUUUUAUUAUUUAUUCAGGAAAGAAAACAUUAAACACAAUUAAAUCAAUUUGGAUAUUUUUUAAAGACAAAGUUCUAAUAAAAUUGAAAGUAAUAAUAGUGAAUUAUUGUUGCAGUACAUUAAAACUAUUUUUGCUUCUAUGGAAUGGAAUAAAAAAGCUUUUCCUUAAAGUCAAAUAAUUAUUUUAUAAAAUCAGAGCUUAAUUUGCAAAGAUAUUUGAGAAGUUAUAUAUUAUAAUGUAAAAUAUCCUAUAAAUAAUUAAAAUUUUGGCAAAGAAAAUGUAUUAUUAAACUAAUUACUUAUGCAAUAAAAUUUAUAAUAUAGCAAAGUAUUGCAUAUUUAAAAUUAUGACGUUUAUUAUAUUUGUCUAACAUUAAAUAAACUUAGGUGUUCAAAUGUUUAAAGGUUUUAUGCUAUAUUUAUUUAAAUUGAUACUGAAAUUAAUAAAAUAGAUAGUAGAAUUAUAAUGUAAGAUCAUUUUAAAAUUCAUUCUGGCAUUAGAAAUAUUGAGUCCUAUUUUUUGUUUGAUAGAUUAAAUAUUAGAUAUGGUUUAUUUUAUUUUUUCUGAACCCAUUUUACUAUUCAACAAAAUAAUUGAAUAAGGAAUAGAUUUGUUUAUUUAUACAAUUCUUAAUAAGUUUUAUAUUGGUAUAAAGUUACUUUCUGAAAAAUUAAUAUAAUUCCUCCUUAAACUGGAAAGAUUUAUAGGAAUAAUUAUUAAAUAAGCUAAAAAAAUCACGAAGAUAAUAUAUUAAAAAUUAAUAAAUCCUAUUGUGAAAAUAGUGAUUUGUUAUUAUAAAGUUAUAAUGAAAGCAUUAAAAUUUAUAGUCUAAGAAUUAAAGAAUCUUAAAGACAUGAUAAAAUAUAAUUAUAUACUACCGAUUAGGGCAAGCAUAAGAUUGUUUGGAGUUAAAAUAAAAGAAAGUUUAAUAAAAAUAACAUAAUAUGUUAUAUAAAUAAUGAAAUAUGGAGUUAAUUAGUUAAAAUUAGCAUUAAUAUUUUUGAAAGACUAGAUAUCUGCUAUAAAAAAAUCAAUAGCCAAUCUUAUAAACUAGUUCUUGUAGAUUACUAAAAGAGUUAUUUUUUAGUAGAUUAAAUUUGUUUAUGGGAUUUUGAUUGAUUCUUUAAAAUAAUUUAAGUAAUAGAUUAUCUUAAUGUUCAAAUCCUUAAAAAAAAUGAUUUAUAAUUUCAAUUAAGCUUUUAGAGAAAUAACUGUAGCUCAAUACAAAAUAAUACUAAGUUAAUUUAAAAUAAUUUUAGCUUAAUUAAAAUUAAUUAAAGAGACUAUAAAGUCAUUAUUUAAGGAAUAUAAAAAUUAGGUAAAGUAAUCAAUGAUUGAAUAGUUAAAAGCUAUUAAAAUAAUUAUUAAAGAUCUUUAUCAUUAAUAAAAAUAGAGCUUAAUUUAAUUAAAAAUGUAGAUGAUUUAAUAAAAGGCUUAAAUAAAGCAAUUUGUUAUUUAAUAGAAAUAAGCAACUGCUAAUUAAUUAAGAAUAAUUAAAUAGAAUAUUAAAAUGUAAAGUAUUUAAGUAAAAGACAGUAUUGUUAUAUUAAAAAAUGAUUUAAAAUAUUCAUUUGUAACAAUGUUUAAAAGAAAUUGA